CAGCCCCAUCCUCCCGCCAGUCUAUGGAGCGCCUCGCUCUGCUCAGGCGGGAUGGACAGAGACAAAACCGAGUCGGAUCCAUCCCAUCACCGGAAUGGUCUCGUUGGAUUACUCUAUGGGGAGUUCACAGACAUUCAUAAUGGAAAAGUCAGGUGUUCAGUUAGUUUGACUGAUCAUGCCCUCACAGUUCAGAAGAUCACUUCUUUGCCUGGACAGGGCAAGGUGUUUUUUGACUUGGCUGACUGUAUUGGUUGUCGUGCAUUCAGAGCAGAGGACAAUGCUGACCACUCGGCUUACUUUUCUGCGUAUUUUUAUCCGUUUAAAAGAAAUGGAUGGUUGAGUUCUGCAACGUCCCGGCAACGGCUAGAGCAAUGCUUUGGUGUUGCGCUCGCUCAGGACCCUCGCGCAAAUCUUGAAGAGGCUGAACGCUGGGCUCGUGCAAUUAGGGAUGCUUCAUUUCGUCACUUACCCCGGUGCGAGGGUGUGGCGUAUUCUGAGGUGUCUCUGCCAGGUGUGGCGUACUCUGAGGUGCGUCGUCCCUGUCGCCUCAUGCUGCUGGUGAACCCCAACAGUGGGCGGGGCCAGGCGAUGUACCUCUUCACGACCCACAUCCAGCGCAUGCUCACCGAGGCCGACGUCCUACACACACUGGUCAUCACCGAGCAUCAGAAUCAUGCCAGGGAGUUGGUGCGCGAGGCGGAUCUGACUCAGUGGGACGCCCUGGUGAUCCUGUCAGGAGACGGGCUGCUGUUUGAGGUGGUGAACGGGCUGAUGGAGAGGGAGGACUGGGAGGAGGCCAUCCAGACCCCGCUGGGCAUCCUGCCUGGGGGCUCCGGCAACGCCCUGGCCGCCUCCGUCAGCCAUUACUCUGGGUCCCCUGCCCUGUUUGGGGAGGAGCUGCUGGUCAGCUGUGGCCUGGUGCUGUGUAAGGGCCUGGUGUCUCCUCUGGACCUGGUGUCGGUGCACCUGGGCUCGGGUUCGAGCUCGAGCUCAGGCCCUCGUCAUCGUCGCCUCUUCUCCUUCCUGUCGCUGGCCUGGGGCUUCGUGGCCGACGUGGACAUCGAGAGCGAGCGCUACCGGCAGGCGGGCGCCGUGCGCUUCCUGCUGGGCACGCUGGUGCGGCUGGCGUCGCUCCGUGUCUACCGGGGACGCCUGGCAUACCUUCCUGCGGUGCCACAGGAGGAGGCACGGGUCACAGAGGAAGACGAACCAACUACCAGGUGCGGAGAAGCACAAGCACAAGCACAAGUCUCAUGCUCCUCACCCACGCACUCCGCUUCCUCCUCUUCCCGCGCCUCCUCUGCGGCCUCCUCUCCCAUGACCUCCCCGCCCGACUCCCCCAACGCCUCCUUCUGCUCCUCUAUGUCGUGCGGACCGACGGAGCGCUCCCUAACGCCGCGGGACCCCUCGACGCCCCGCGACACCCAACCUGCGGGAUUAGAACUCGGAAAGGAACACUCGGACUCGAAUUCACGUCUUCACCUCAACCACAACACCACAGACACAGCACCAUCACCCGACAACAACACUAUGCACAACGCCUCCAACAACGCUAUCAAACUUCUCCUCCAGCCUGGAUCCCCGUCACCACCACCACCAGACCCACAUCCAAUCAAGGGACCGCCGGACACCCUCCUCCCCCCGUUAGAGCACCCGGUCCCGUGCAGUUGGACGCGCGUCCCCGAGGAGGGCUUCAUCCUGGUGCUGGCCAUGUGCCAGUCGCACCUGGCCGAGGACCUGAUGGCGGCCCCCGAGGCGCGCAGCCAGGACGGCUGCAUCCACCUGUACUACGUGCUGGAGGGGGUGUCGCGCGCCACGCUGCUGCGACUCUUCCUGGCCAUGGAGAAGGGCGGUCACAUGGCCUACGGCUGCCCGCAGCUGGUCCACCGGCGAGUGCGCGCUCUCCGACUGGAGCCCCUGUCCGACCCCCCGGGGGUCAUCACCGUGGACGGGGAGCAGGUGGACUGUGGCGGAGCCAUGCAAGCACAGAUACACCCGGGGCUGGGUAGGCUGGUGACUGGGUGAUGGGGGGAGAGCGGGGAUAGGUAGUGUAUGGGGUUGGUCUUGUUUCACAUCUUUGGGUGCAAGUUUGAAAUACUUUAAAACUUAAAAAGCACAUGGGAAGAGGUCUGGGCAGGUUGUUGACAGGCUGAUGGGGGAAGUGUAAGGGGUUUGUGUGUGAAUGAGUAAGGGGGAAAGGUCACGUUUUGUAGUCUUGGUGCAUCGGGAAAAGAAAGGGGGAUGCAAAGCAAUUGACUUUGUAUGGAGUCGCUGACGACAGAAGAGACAUUAACACUUUGGGCGACGAGAGGCGAUUUGAGCGACUUAAGCGACAGUUUGUAGUUGGACUUCAGCGACUAUUAUGCAAAUGAGCUAUGAUGCAGUUCAGUGACAGUCACUACACACGGCCAAUUGGAAUGUCAGAAUGCUUGCAUUCUGCUUUUAACCGUCAUACUCUGUCGCUUCUAUCGCUCGUAUCGUUCUUGCUACACAGUCCAGCCAUUCUCUGUUGCUUAAUCUCGUCGCCGUUGGUGUGUUCCCCCCGGGUUAUCCUCUUCAGGUUCAUCUUUGGGUGAGUUUGAUUUGGUUAAAGGACUUGAACCCCUGAAGUACAUAUUUGGUUGAGAGUUUGAUGACGUCUAUAAAGCACACUGGAGAAGAGAUACAAAAGGGUUGGGCAGGCUGGUGACUGGGUGUUGGGUGGAGGGCGGUGUAUGGGGCUGGAGAAUCAGAGAAGAGGAGGAGGUUGAUCAAAUUUUGUACUCGUAAGAUAUAUUUUCGGGUGUGAGUUUGAUUUCAUUUGAAACACAGGAAGAGGUCUGGUCAGAUUUUUGCCUGGAUGACGGAUUUUGAGUGGAAUCAGAGAAGAGGAAAGCUCAUCUCUUAAACGAAGUGCAUCUUUGCUGCUCGAAGUCUAAAGCACACUGGAAGAAAAAAAGACAUGUUAUCUUUUUUUGUCAGUUGAACUUACUGUAUCAUGGCAACAAAGACAGAUACAUACUGUAGCUUUAGUCUCUAGGUCAUGUGAUAGGUCAAGCUUGACUGUUUUUUUUAAUCCAGUUUGCACUGCUGAAAGUCAUCGUGGGACGUCUCCGUUAGAAGGUGAUUACAAGAGCACUUUACAAAGGCAAAGGCUUCAGUCAUUGCCCCAUGAUGUACAAUAAUAUAUAGAAGUGCCAAUGUCUGUCAGACAUGUACUGUGUGUUGUUUUUAUUGCUACUGAAAAGAAGUGCAAAGACAUUCCAUUCCUGAUCUUUUCUACUGUGGGGAAAGGGACAUACAGUGGUCCUGGUUUUAAGUUUUAUGUGGUCUGUAGUUUUUAAUGGGUUCUGUAGUUUUUAAUGGGUUCCCGCUUCUCUCAUGGGGUCACGCAGUGAAAUAAUUAUUCGGGGCAUGGGCUGUUGGUGUGUGUGUGUGUGUGUGUGUGUGUGUGUGUGUGUGUGUGUGUGUGUGUGUGUGUGUGUGUGUGUGUGUGUGUGUGUGUGUGUGUGUGUGUGUGUGUGUGUGUGUGUGUGUGUGUGUGUGUGUGUGUGUGCCUGUGCCUGUGUGUUAGUAGAAGGUCAUAGCAAUACAUUAGAGUGCUUUCUGGCCUGAGUGGACAAGCAUGUUCAGUUCAGAGAGCUGGGUUCUCUCCCUGUCGUCCUUUGGGGGGGAAGGGCCACUGACAGCAAGCACGAAGACCAAACCCACCCACACGACCACACCACACCACAUCUCUCACUGCUCUCCUCUGGGCAGCCUGGGCACACACUACUCAAACCCCUUACUGUACACACAUACAGUAGACAAACAGUCUCUCUCUCUCUUUCUCUCUCUC